ACAUUAAUCAGAGUCCUUAAUUGUUUCUUACUUUCUUCUUUGCCUUUGCCCUGAAAACCCUAAAUGGGGUCAUGUGGGUUCCAGAGAUUAUCAUCAUUUACUACUCAUGUUAUCUUCUUCUCUGUCCUGAUAACAUUAUUAAACCUUUACAAGAGCAAUGCAAUGGUAGUGCUUGAACAAUGGAAGGAGAGUAAAAGAGAUCACCAUGAUGAUGGUGAUUCAUCAGGAUCAUCAGUAGUGAGAAGGAAGUGUGAUUUGUUUGAAGGAAGGUGGGUUUAUGAUGAGACUUACCCUCUCUACAAAGCGUCAAGUUGUCCUUUCAUUGAACAAGAAUUUGAUUGCCAGAAAAAUGGACGACCAGACAGUUUCUAUCAGAAAUAUAGAUGGCAGCCAAACGCUUGUGCUCUCCCGAGGUAUAAGGGACAAGAUUUGUUGAGGGAAUUGAAGGGGAAGAAAAUAUUAUUUGUUGGGGACUCCCUUAGCCUGAAUCAGUGGCAAUCACUGAUUUGCAUGCUGCAUGUUGCUGCUCCUCAUUCAGGAUACAGUCUUCACAGAGUAGGAGGCCUCUCCACCUUCACUUUACCUGAGUAUAAGAUUUCUGUAAUGUUGUCUCGUAAUGCACUUUUGGUAGAUAUAGUGAAAGAGAAGAUAGGGACUGUUCUGAAGCUUGAUUCCGUUGAGAAUAAUGGGAAUUCAUGGAAAGGAUACGAUGUGAUCAUCUUCAAUACCUGGCACUGGUGGCUUCAUAAAGGCCACCAACAACCAUGGGAGUAUAUUCAAGUGGGGAAUAAGAUAGAGAAGGACAUGAAUAGGUUGGAUGCUUUCAGAGAAGCAAUAAGAACAUGGUCAAAAUGGGUGGACUCUAAUGUCAAUCCUAACAUCACCAAAGUUUUCUUUCAGUCCACCUCUCCAACCCACUACGAUGGAGAGGAGUGGAAUGAGGCCAGCUCAAGCACAUGCAGAGGACAGACCAUACCCAUGGGAGGUUCAAGAUAUUCAACAGGUCCACCAAAAGCAGCAGUGAUAGUGAAGCAAGUGUUGGGUCAAAUGGCCAAACCUGUUGGUUUGUUGGACAUCACAACUCUUUCUCAGCUCAGGAGAGAUGGCCAUCCAUCUGUUUAUGGCGUUUAUGGUGAGAGGGGAAAUGAUUGUAGCCAUUGGUGCCUUCCUGGUGUCCCUGACACUUGGAACCAACUCUUGCUUGCUAUGCUUGUGAACAAGUAGUUUUUUCUUUUAUCAAGGGAAAUUCGGAGUUAAUUCUCAAUCAUUUUGAUCAAUUUACAAUUUCAAUCUACAUGAACCCCCAACCCCCACCCCAAAAAAAUAAAAAAAAAAAAUUGGAUCAUUUUCAGGCAUUGCGAUGUGAUUAUAGGGUGUGGCACUAGCUUAGGAAUUCUUACAGAUGAGAUCCUCUGCAUUUAUUUUGGGUCAGUGUUCUUUUUUUUUUUUGGGGGGUGUAAUUAUGAUACGUAAACCCUAUCCACAGUCACAUUUUCUUUCCCGGUUAGAAGUCAAAUUUUUAUUUCAAUCUCUCAGUGAUUAUGAUAUGUAAACCCUAUCCACAGUCACAUUUUCUUUCCCGGUUAAAAGUCAAAUUUUUAUUUCAAUCUCU